AUGCUCAGGUGGACGUCGGUAUGCUCAGGUGGGCGUCGGCAUGCUCAGGUGGACGUGAGUAUGCUCAGGUGGACGUCGGUAUGCUCAGGUGGACGUCGGUAUGCUCAGGUGGGCGUCGGUAUGCUCAGGUGGGCGUCGGUAUGCUCAGGUGGGCGUCGGUAUGCUCAGGUGGACGUCGGUAUGCUCAGGUGGACGUCGGUAUGCUCAGGUGGACGUCGGUAUGCUCAGGUGGGCGUCGGUAUGCUCAGGUGGACGUCGGUAUGCUCAGGUGGGCGUCGGCAUGCUCAGGUGGACGUGGGCGUGGGUAUGCUCAGGUGGACGUCGGCAUGCUCAGGUGGACGUCGGUAUGCUCAGGUGGACGUCGGUAUGCUCAGGUGGACGUGGGUAUGCUCAGGUGGACGUGGGUAUGCUCAGGUGGGCGUCGACAUGCUCAGGUGGACGUCGGUAUGCUUAGGUGGACGUCGGUAUGCUCAGGUGGACGUCGACAUGCUCAGGUUGACGUGGGCAUGCUCAGGUAAGCCUGGGCAUGCUCAGGUGGGCGUGGACAUGCUCAGGUGGGCGUGGGCAUGCUCAGGUGGGCGUGGGCAUGCUCAGGUGGGCGUGGGCAUGCUCAGGUGGGCGUGGGCAUGCUCAGGUGGGCGUCGGCAUGCUCAGGUGGGCGUCGACAUGCUCAGGUGGGCGUGGGCAUGCUCAGCUGGGUGUCGACAUGCUCAGAUGGGCGUCGACAUGCUCAGGUGGACGUCGACAUGCUCAGGUGGGCGUCGACAUGCUCAGGUGGGCGUCGACAUGCUCAGGUGGGCGUCGACAUGCUCAGGUGGGCGUGGGCAUGCUCAGGUGGGCGUCGACAUGCUCAGGUGGGCGUCGACAUGCUCAGGUGGGCGUGGGCAUGCUCAGGUGGGCGUGGGCAUGCUCAGGUGGGCGUCGACAUGCUCAGGUGGGCGUCGACAUGCUCAGGUGGGCGUGGGCAUGCUCAGGUGGGCGUGGACAUGCUCAGGUGGGCGUGGGCAUGCUCAGGUGGGCGUCGAGAUGCUCAGGUGGGCGUCGGUAUGCACAGGUGGGCGUCGGUAUGCACAGGUGGGCGUGGGUAUGCUCAGGUGGACGUCGGCAUGCUCAGGUGGACGUCGGUAUGCUCAGGUGGACGUCGGUAUGCUCAGGUGGACGUGGGUAUGCUCAGGUGGACGUGGGCAUGCUCAGGUGGACGUCGGUAUGCUUAGGUGGACGUCGGUAUGCUCAGGUGGACGUCGGUAUGCUCAGGUGGGCGUCGACAUGCUCAGGUUGACGUGGGCAUGCUCAGGUAAGCCUGGGCAUGCUCAGGUGGGCGUGGGCAUGCUCAGGUGGGCGUGGGCAUGCUCAGGUGGGCGUGGGCAUGCUCAGGUGGGCGUGGGCAUGCUCAGGUGGGCGUGGGCAUGCUCAGGUGGGCGUCGGCAUGCUCAGGUGGGCGUCGACAUGCUCAGGUGGGUGUCGGCAUGCUCAGGUGGGCGUGGGCAUGCUCAGCUGGACGUCGACAUGCUCAGGUGGGCGUCGACAUGCUCAGCUGGGUGUCGACAUGCUCAGAUGGGUGUCGACAUGCUCAGGUGGGCAUCGACAUGCUCAGGUGGACGUGGGCAUGCUCAGCUGGGUGUCGACAUGCUCAGGUGGGCGUCGACAUGCUCAGGUGGACGUCGACAUGCUCAGGUGGGCGUCGACAUGCUCAGGUGGACGUCGACAUGCUCAGGUGGGCGUGGGCAUGCUCAGGUGGGCGUGGGCAUGCUCAGGUGGGCGUGGGCAUGCUCAGGUGGGCGUCGACAUGCUCAGGUGGGCGUCGACAUGCUCAGGUGGGCGUCGACAUGCUCAGGUGGGCGUCGACAUGCUCAGGUGGGCGUCGACAUGCUCAGGUGGGCGUCGACAUGCUCAGGUGGGCGUCGACAUGCUCAGGUGGGCGUGGGCAUGCUCAGGUGGGCGUCGAGAUGCUCAGGUGGGCGUCGACAUGCUCAGGUGGGCGUCGACACAAUUAUCAGAUGUCGACAAAUAUGGUGACACACCUACAUAACUUAUGCAACAGGAAAUCAACAGCUCUUCGCAGAAGUAAAUAAACACAAAAUGAAUGUGCACACAGCUGACAGUCACAGCUGUAAGACGUCACAGAUAAAGACAGGAGCACGUUUCAUCACGUGACAGCUGUCCCCCGCUGCCAGCACACACAGGUUACAGUCCCCCGCUGCCAGCACACACAGGUUACAGUGCCCCGCACAUCAGGAUGCACAGUGGCAAAUCAACAAGCCGGGUCAGUCAUUGCGUGACCUCGUAUUUAG